UUUCGUAGGAGUGAUACAUACUUUAAAGUGCUUUAACGCUGCGCUAUCGGAUAAACCAUUUGUUUGAUUCGCAAGUACAUAGGAACCCGCUUUACGCGAAAACGGUUCGUUCCGAUUUAAUUAGUCGAAGUGCAUCGCGUGUCGUAACGGUCAAGCGAAAAGUCGGCGUUGACAUCUCUUAAUACAAUAAUUAAAAGAAGUGUGAACAUUGUAUGACAGCCGUUUAUCAGUCGCCGGCUAACUACGUAAAUACAUAGUGUACGUAGAAGUGCAUCGUGGCCAGAUAAAGGAUUUGCAGUAUGUUUAUGCGUUGGGGAGACGAGGCGGGCGGGGAGCCGGCAGUGCGCGCGCGAGGUGCCCGCGAUGCACGCGUGCCGCCCGUCGCUGCGUAGUACUUGCACCACGAGCACGAGGGGCACACCAUGGCCGAAUGGGCUCUCAGUCGCGAGUGGCCCGUUCGCUCCUGCCAGCCUCAGUUCCAGGGCUACGAUAGCUUGCAGCAGCUCCCGCCGCAGCCGUUCGAGUCGCAAGCGCAGGCGUUCGCCCCGAUGCAGCACUCCGACCAGCUCCCGAGCUUUAUCGCGCCCGGCAUGCUGCCGGUCCAGCCCAAAGGGGAAAACCCGCGGGAGAUCCGCAACAGGGCCGAGAAGCAGCGCCGUGACAAACUCAAUCAGAGCAUCUACGAGCUCGCCUCGAUGGUGCCGCCCGUAGUGGCCUCUAGCCGCAAGAUCGACAAGACCGGGGUGCUGCGCCUCACUGCGCACUUCUUGAGAUCUCAUCAGUACGUAUUCGGUGAGACGAUUGGUCGUGCGCCCGCCGAGAUAAACAGCGCAUCUGCCCAAACCCUGUUGCAGUUUUUCAACGGCUUCUUACUGACUACCACAUACAAGGGAAUCGUAGUAGUGGUGUCCCAAAAUGUGCAACAAUAUCUUGGCUAUACUGAGUUGGAACUCCUCGGCCAGAACUUAUUCACAAUUACUCACAAGGACGACCACAAGACACUUCUCUACCAAUUAAAGCCCAGGAGCCAAAUCUUGGGGCCCAACGGGGAACUUCUGAUCCCUGAUCGGCCGGACGGGAAGUCACUGGUGGCUAAAGCACUGGCUGGCGAGAAAAGGCGAUUCGUUGUAAGGUUUAAGAAGCACACGCAGCGUUCAGAGCCAACUCAGUACGUCGCCUGCUUGGUGGAGGGUUCCUUACGCAAGUCGGACGGCGCCUGCCGCGGCAACAACCGCUGCUGCCAGAUGGUGCGCCGCGCGCGCGCCAGGGGCGACAACCCGUGCUCCAGCGGCAAUGACGUCGUAUUCAUCGGCAUCGUGCGUCCCACAGUGGAGACGUUCAAGAAGGAGCAACAACUGGAGCAGUUCCGUAUGGAGUACCGCACUCGUCACUCCAUCGACGGGCAGAUCAUACAGUGCGAGCAGCGCAUCGGCCUGGUGACCGGGUACAUGACGGACGAGGUGCAGGGCGUCAAUGCUAUGAACUUCAUGCACCGCGAUGAUGUGCGCUGGGUCAUCAUAGCUCUGCGGGAAAUGUACGACCAGCACCGCCUCUACGGCGAGUCAUGUUACCGUCUCAUGAUGAAGAAUGGCCAGUUCAUCUACAUGAGGACCAGGGGCGCUCUCGAGGUUGAGACCGGCACCAAGGCAGUGACCAGCUUUGUAUGCACGAACACCAUGAUGAGCCCGGACGAGGGUCAGCACCUCAUCAAGAUGAUGAAGAAGAAAUUCACCAUGCUCGUCAAUAACAACCAGGAGCCGCCACAGGAGCCUGAGGUCACUGACACAAACGACGAUUCAAUACCGGUUGAAGAUCCGAAACAGCUCGAGAAAGUCAUCCUCCAUCUGGUGACCAACUUGCCUUCGCCCCAGCCCGACGAGAACGGCCAUAGCUUGUCGCGCGAGGGAGACGGCCCCCACGUUCACUUGGCCAUAAUACCACCCCACAAAGAGCGCAUCCUAAUGGGUAUAGAGAAAAUAUACACCGUCAUUAAAAAUUUCAACAAUCCCAACAUCGACGAACAUGUUGACGUUAAGCGUAUAAGAGCUUCUAGCGUAGAGGCAAUUACACCUUCCCAUAAUACUCUCCGUUUCGAGGAUGCAUCUCCGAAAAACACCCACACGACGCUUCCUACAAUCUCGACUAUCACCAAUAAACAUUACCACACUCAAACAAACUUGGACGACUUUGGAGAAAUAUUUCAAAACCUUAAACCUGCUCUACCAAAUAUAGAAGAAACCCGUGAAGUAAAAACACAAACAUCCUUCGCUGAAUAUAUAGCUAAACAACCUAACAAACAGACCAAGUUUAAUUUCACAAAAACUGCAAAGGUUUACGAAAUUGUGAAUCUGGAAGAGCCCGGUUCUAGUUUUAACGUCAUUGGAACGAAACGCUCUAUGGAUUUUUCAACUAAAGAUGAUUUUUCGAAAAAGAAGUCUGCUCAGAACGAACCUGAGGAACCAGUAAACGGACGCAGCUCUCCAACGUUAGAGAGUUUCUUCAAUGACGCCAUUCUCAACACACAAAUUUCCCAGCUUGAUGAUGCCCUGAUAUCUUUGGAGGAUACAAUCGAUCCAUUCCCAGAUCUUUUGAUAUCCCAGGACGUACAAGAUAUAUUGGGUGGCCUAGAGCCGGACGAGCAGCCGGAGCCAAAUUAAAAGUAAACCGUUCAGCGAAGCUGCGACACCAACCGGAUCUCCUGUAAAUAUGACGCCAGUUACACGUGAAAUGGUAUUUUCCGUGAAAGGUAAUCCAUUUAGAUAAUAUCUAGAUUAUGUAGUUUGCUGCUGCGCACUCGAUAUUCAUUAUACUGGGUAUUGUACAUGUAAAAAAUUGUAUGUUAAACCUUUAAAUGUUUAGUCAGAACUUGAUAAAUGUACUUAAGUAUAUUGUAUACUUCAUGGUACAAGUAAUCAUAAUUUUGCAUAUUAAUACCUAAAAAAUUUUUUUUACCUGAAACAACCAGGGCGCAAUAACAUUCUAUUCAAAUGUAAGAUUAUUUCUCAGAUAUACCUAUACAGUAUCUAGCCGCUUAUCAAGACCUGACAUAAUUAUAUUUAAUUAGGACUCAAAAAAAACCAUGUCCCUAAUUAUGUAUACUCAUAACUAUGUUCUUCAAAGAUUUUACAAACUUAUGCUUAUGCUAUUUUUGUAUUGUAAAGUAACCUCCCUGUAACAGUGUCUAUGAAAAAGGUAUACAUUUCUCUGUAGCUGGCCAUGCUUACAUUCCAUGAGUGAUUAAUAUUUUACAGCGAGUAUGCUGUAGCAGGAGCAUUCCACGGAAAUGUCCCAUAUAAACAAGAUUUUUCUAGAGAUUGUGGUGACAAAAGGAACUAAAUAGAGGACAGAAAAACAAUCAUUGAUUAUAGUGGAGAAACAUGCAUUUGAUGGUCCCGUGGAAUCCUCCAGAAACGAUAAAUCGAACUAAGAAUUACUCUUUAAUAAACAUGUAAAUAUUUUACGUUUCGUGUUCGUUUAUGAAUGAUCUAAAAAUCACGAAUAAACACAACUAAGCAUUGCGACUUGCGAAAUUGUAUACGAUUGACAUAUAUAAUGUAUAUAACUCUUUACAUAAUUAUAAGUGCUGUUCUUUGUGCGUUGUAUACCUAAAUUAAAAGCGAAAGCGAAGCUUUUAUGCGAAUUCUUUCUGCAAAAGCUCUAACAUAUUCUAAGCGAAGUAGUGUAUUUGUUUAUGCCUAAGAUCUCUAGAAUUUCAGCCAUGAUCUUCUUCGUGUAGAUAAUUUCUAAAGUAGGUUUUUAAGAUUUUAUUAUAUUUACCUAGACAUCUAUAUUCUUGAAAAGCAAAUUUAUUUUUAUGAAGGCACAAGUAUAGUGUAUUGUUUAUUUUUAUGUGUAAUGUGUAUAGCUAUACACGUUGUUCCAUUGUCUUGUCUAUUCUGUUUACAUCGUACAUUUCGAGAAGUUUAUCGUAGCAAAGAAAUAAUUAAUUUCAUCAAUAAGAGCGAUUGUUUCCGAGAGAGUUUGAGACAGAAAAGAAGUGUAUAGUUUAUAUUUGUAAAUAACUGCUUCUGAAUUAAAUAUAUGUCUUCUUCUUCCUGGCGUUAUCCCGGCAUUUUGCCACGGCUCCUGGGAGCCUGGGGUCCGCUUGACAACUAAUCCUAAGAAUUGACGUAGGCACUAGUUUUUACGAAAGCGACUGUCAUCUGACCUUCCAACCCAGAGGGGGAACUAGGCCUUGUUAGGAUCGGUCCGGUUUCCUCACGAUGUUUUCCUUCACCGAAAAGCGACUGGUAAAUAUCAAAUGACAUUUCGUACAUAAGUGCCGAAAAACUCAUUGGUACGAGCCGGGGUUUGAACCCGCGACCUCCGGAUUGAAAGUCGCAUGCUCUUACCGCUAGGCCACCAGCGCUGAAUUAAAUAUAUGUAUUCCGUAGUAAUAUUUUAAAUGGGGAGUUAAAUAUAUUCACCUCCUUUCAGAAACCAAUUAAUAAGUGGAGCUUGGAUAUUGAAUACCUAUACGACAGCCGCAUGAUAUCAAACUCUUUGGAAGAACGUAUCCUGACGAGUCGGUGUAAUACAAAGAAACAAUAACUGAAUUGUAUAAUUUAAGUACGUAGUUGAAGCGUAAGUAGUCUAGGUGUAGAUAAUGUAUGGAACUCAUAUUUGCUACUGAACUUAUGUAUAAUUAAGUAUGAAUUCGAAUGUCAAAGAGAAUAUUUUUAAUAUAAACGAUAGAUAGAUUUUGAUAUAUAAUGUUAAGUGAAUGUGUAAUUGUGUAGUAGCAAUGUAGGAGGUAGGUGUAGGUCCGCAGAAUCCGUUAGUAGCAUAACUUCGUACGGGAACGGGUAUACUUUGCCAUAAGGUUAGUAUUAGGUAUUUCGACAAGCCAUGAGUGAACUUUGCACAUGGAUGCUUAUAUAGGGAUAUGGACGACUGUAUCAUGACACACAUAUUAAAUACAUAUACUGUAAAGUACUUGUUAUUAUAAUCGUAAUCGUAACUUAACGUAUGAUUCUGUCCCAUUUACGCAUUGUAUGGAUACUAAUUCCAUAUUCUUGGCAUGUACACAGCAAGUAUGUAAUUUUGUGUAAGUGUCUAAUGGAAUUAGAUGAAUGAGUUCAUAUUUAUGAAAGAAAGUCCUGUUUACUUUAAUUUCAUUAGUUUUGUAGGCGUUGCGUUGCGUAGGUUACGAUUCCAUUGUUUUUUUUUUUUAAUAGUUUUUACGUAAUGUAAGAAUGAAACUUCCUUGCAUUGUGGUGUAAAUACCAAUGCUAUAAACUCCUACGUUGUAGGUACGUUACGCGUACGUUAAAAAAAACGAACUUGGAAAGUAAAACGCCCACUUUCAAGCAGUUUCAUAUGUAAACAUUGAGUCACUUUCAGAGCAUGAGAAAAGAAGAAGACAUUAUUUGAAAUUUCGGACAUAAUGUCUUCUUCAUUUCUUAUGCUCUGAAAGUGGCUCAAUGUUUAUAUAUGAAGCUGCUAUUAUGUAUGGGUAAGUACUUUUGGCCUCUUAGUUAUAUGUACUGCAAUGACGUCAGUUAUUAAAUAAAGACGCAUUCAUAGGUACGUAAUAAUAAAAACAUAGCUUUUUGCUCAAUACAAGAACUAAAUGAACUCAUGGACGAAAACGGGGUUAGGUGCUUGAAAGUUGCGCCAAAAAAGUAAGCUUCCACUCAGGAGUGUUCAAAUAACAAAACGAAAUUAUUUUCUAAGUAAAACGCACGUGUGAGUCUAAUUCAACUUAAAAAUAUAUAAUACUCUUAAUUUACACAACCAUGUAGGUAAUUGAAUCUGCGAGCGGUUUAAGGUGAAGUGUAGUAAGUACGUAAGUAGAUUACUAGGUAUUUAGUAACACUAAUAACACUAUGUCCAUGAUCUCAAGCCUUCCAGUGUACAACAAAUUAUCAUUUACUCUUAUAGAUGGGGAACAUUGUCAAAAGCCAUAUUUUAAAGUACACAGACUCAUAAAAUAAGAUCCUACAGAAACUUUAUCUUCAUACUGAUAUCCAGAAUUAGAAAGAGUAUACUUCGUUUUUAUAGCACUAAACAAUCUUGACGUGUCUUAUAUAUAAUUGAAAAACACCAUUGAAAAAUAAUUUACAGCAAAUACCAUUAUGUAGCAUAUACAAUAAUCAUUUACAUUUUUUUCGUUUCAUAAAUAAUAACUACCUAUACAUAGUUCGAUAAUCAUCGCUGGAUCCGUUUCGCCGGAUUCCUGUUUCGCCGGAUUUACUUUAGGACACUGACUUUUAUGUAUAGACAAGCUGGCGAGAACAAAUUGGACCAUUCCGCCAUUUUCUGUCUGUCACUAAGCUAAAUAAUAAGCGCAUAUUCUGCCUACAUCGGGCCUACAUACAGUGUUGUUUUUUAAUGACUUGCAAUAUUAUACGACGUGAAUAUAUAGGUCAUACUGAACAACUUUUAUAAUGGGACCAACCACGACUAGUAUAGUUGGUCAAACCAAAUUGUCAGUAAAUAAGAACAAAAAAAAAACUAUACUCAUCCUUUUCUUUUGGAUGCUAGUACUAGUGUAUGAUUUUCCAUGUCUAUGUUUGAAAUGAGACAGUCCUUUGACAAACUAUAUAUACAUAUUACCUCAAUGCUUUAGGACGUCACAAUCCGAGUAAGUAUAUGAGAAACCGACGAAACAAGAAUCCGGCUAAUCGGGAACUAACCAAGAUUAUUCACCUUUUUUCUCAUGCUAACGAAGUGCUACCUACUUAAAAAAAAAAUGUAAUACAAAUAAAAAAUAGAUCUAUAAUUUAGAAGGUAUGCAACCACGUAAACAAAAAUGGCUAACUUCAUGUUAUAAAAUGUACCUACAAGAUUUAUUGGCUAUUGAGGUACUCUCAUGAAGUAGGUACUCGCCCGUUUGAAACUGUCAGUUUAUUUUACCUUAUUAUGUAGGUAAUAGGUAUACGAGUUGAAUACUGUACUAGUAUGUAUAGUCCAAAUAAUUAGAUCACCCAUGCAACGCUAUGAUAGAAGGUAGAGUGAAGCAAACAAAGCUAGUAGAGUCGGACCCAGCUAAUGCUGCAUGGCAUUUGCAAUGACAACGUGUAGCAAUGUUAUCAUUCAUGUCUAAUUUGUAUUAAAAUAUGAAUAUUUUACGAUCUGUUUAAAAAUUUCCCCAUCUACUUUAAAAUACAAAAGUUAGUAAUAGGUAUAGGGUAUUUACGCGUGUAAGAUUGUAUUCAUUUAGAUUAUGUUUAUUUCUGACUUUGUCUAUGUAAUGAUAUCGUAGGUACCUACACAGCAAAGAGUAAAGUAAGUAUGUACCUACACAGUCACCACCAAUUAUAGCAAAUUCUCUAAUAGCUUUACAAAAAGAAGUAAAAGCAGAUACUUUUGAACUCGAGCUGAAGAGAAAACUCUACUUACAUGUAAAAGUAUAUUGUGGUGGCAGAUAGUUUUGGCGAGUUGUGUUAUCCGCUACUAUUGAAGUUGACAGUGCAGUCAAAAUCAAACAGGUUAUAAUCUAUCAAUUGCAUAUUGUAAACGUUUGCUAUAAAUAUUAUCUACUUGCGAAUAUGUUUACCAGUUGCCGAACAAUGUUAUAAAAAUAUUUGAGCAUUGUGCCACUUUUGGCAAAUAAAUAUAUAUUAUGUAUAUGCAUUACAGGUUUUUGAUUAAUUUUGCAAUUUAUUUUGAUUCAGUAGAAGUGAACUAAUACAUUUAGGUACAUACCAUACACGUUAUUUGAAAAGUCAAGUUGUUCGUAGGUAUUAGAUCGUAGGUGUGCAUAUUUAGAAAGAUAUGGGUUUAAAUGCUGAACAAUUAUUUUUGGGCGCACUUUUAUAUAUAUAUAUUUUUAGUUGUGUCAUGUCUUAUAACAACAAUAGAUUAAGGAUUGAAUAUUGUUAAAUAACUUUUUUUAAACUAGGUGUUUAAUAUUUAUUGACGUGUCAAUUUUCCACUUCUAUACACCCAGUCCAGGAGUAAAUAGUUUGACAAAAGUGCCAUCUAUCUAGUUUUGAACAUUUCUCAGAAUAAAUAGAUUUACCUCUUUUAUACGCAGAUGCAGUACGAAUACAAGGGUUGUGUACUAUUCUACACAUUAAUUAAAUCUCUAUUUACAGUCAUGGUCCCAUUAUGUUGAUGAGUUGUACCAAAACUAUUUGGACAAAACCGAAAUGUACAUAUGCAUUAGGGUAUUUAGAACAAUCGACGAGCGCUUACGAAGAAAUAAACAAAUUACGAUUUUUUAAUUUGGAGCAGUCUGUAUGUUUUAGUAGCUCCUGAGGUCAUAAAUAGUAUGAAACCUUCGACCUUUUUGAUUACCUUUUUUAUUUAUGACACUAAUAAGAUUCUGACUUUUGACAAAUGUCAUCAUUGCCGCAUAUUUUCGAACAAAUUUCCAAAAGUACUGCCACUGAUUAAUACAGUAUGUUUCUUUUUGCUGUCGAUUAUUGGAAAUAACUUUUGUUUGAAAAAUAUAUUUUUUAUUUUUUAUUCUUAUUAAAUAAAUAUUAACGUUAGAGCAUUCCUGAGAAGUAACCCUACGUGGGAUUUCAGGGUUUGUCCAAUGGCUAAGGUCACCGUGUAUAUACCCACGUUACUGUUGUUUCAACUGAUUACUACCCCAAAAUUCAUAAAAGUAGAAAAUAAGUGUUUUUUACUUGCCCUUUUUUGUAGGGGCUUGAACUUUAUGUUGUUUGUUUCCAUACUAGACUAGGAAGGAUAUAAUUCCGAUUGGGGAGUCAGGCAGAGUCCGGCGGCUUAUUAUAAACCUUUUUUAAAAAUCGUAACCGCUAAUCUUAUGCGUUGCAAAUUCGCCCAAAAACUGGUUAUGCCUAAAAUAAGAAGAUUAGAUUAAGAAUCUGUGCCUUCUUAUUCUUAUUUCUGGCUACGUGGAGUCGGGCAUACUUUCCAAACGGAACUAUACAAGCACAAUAAAUAAGUAGUAACAUUCUACAGGAAAUUCGGGAGAGAUGAGCAAGACCAACGAGUUAAUAGAUCGUGUACCAUCGCAAUAUUCGCAAUUAGGUUAAACGACCACGCUAUUUUCGCAUCACUUUUUUUAAAAGUUAAGUUUAAUCCUCACCCUACAAUAACUAAGUAAGCGCCACUUGCACCAUCCCACUAACCCGGGGUUAACCAGUUAACCCAGUGUCAAAUUGUACGGGAAUCCAUUGUAACUCCAGGUUUAACCGGUUAACCCCGGGUUAGUGGGAUGGUGCAAGUGGCGCUAAUAAUGAGGUUAUAAAGUAAAUUGUCAUACUUGUGUGAUAAUCGAUAUUUCAAAAGUAACAAGAAUAUUACCUAUCUUCCGCUAUAAAUCCUGUAUCGGUAUAAGAUGCAACUAUUGUAACUGUAGAGUAACCUAAACUAAAUAAUGUAAAUUCAUGUCGUGAAACAUUUGAAAUAUAUUGUUUUUAACACAAAAAAAACGCAUUUUACCGAUUUGCAAGACCGGAGUUAUCCCAUACUGCUGUGAAUAAAGUUUUGUACGGAGCACUAAAAGAUAAAAGUUAAUGUCACUGAUACUGGUACGAAACAGUUAUCUACGAGUAUCAUUUACUUUUCAUCACACUCGCUCAGUAAAUGUGGAAUUGCUCGCAGGCUUAGCGUUUUCCCUAGAGAGUUAUCAAGUUUCUAGUAUUAUAAUUAACAGUUUUUUGUCUUUAUACUUAAUUUUUGUAUCGCAAGUGUGAUGAAAAACAUUGCGUGUAACUCGGGGCGUAAUAAUAUUGCAAACUCAAGUCUAUAAAUCGCUCCGGCAAUCCGUCGCAAUUGAACUAUACUCUCGUUCGCAAUAUUUAACUUACGCCCCAUGUUGCACAAUGUACUAUUGUCUAUUAUCUAUAGGGUUGAUUCGCUCACGUCUCCUGGAUCACCUGUAUAAUUAUGUUGACAUUAAUGUUUUGGAUCUAUAUUAAAACGGUGCCAAAUAGUUCAUGCACGUUAGACGGCAAAAUCUAGUCUUAAAGAUAACAAAAAAAUAUCAAAAUACGAAUUAUAACAACGUACCCGCUAACAAUGCUUAAUCAAAUGUGUUACAAUAAUUUUAGAUACCUAAAAAUAAUACGAAUUAUUUUUUUAUUUAUUUGAACAUAAAUCUUUCACAAUACCGAAUGUAUGGGUAGGUAAAACGGACAACGUUUGGUAUUAGUCCAGUCAAUUACAUUAGUAGGUGACGUGCAUGAAAAAUAAAAUAUGCAUAUCGUGAGACUGAGUAUUUUAGUGGAUAUGUUCUAUAAUGGAUGACUCACGCUAGACCGGGCCGGGGCCGGGCCGGAGCUUCCGGAGCUUCGUUUUCUAUGGAAGCACCACGUGAUCACCGAUCAGCCGUCAUAGAAAAUGACAUGUCGGAUGCCUCGGGCCGGUCUAGAGUCAGUCAUCCUUAAGGUUAGCAGCUAGAGUUCCCUCUGGGGCUGUUAUUUAAUCCUUGAUAAUUAUUAUUAAAAUUAAGUAAAUAAAGACUUUUACAUUUUAUACUCUCUAGGUGAGAUAAUUAAAGUUAUUUUUUUCUAGUAAGUCUUGAAUGAGGUUUUUUUUAUGUAGAUACCUAAACGUAAAGGUUGACUCACGAUACGAUCUCCUUCUCAUUUUGCCAAUUUCGUAAGAUAUCGCUUAAUAUAUUUUUAUUUUUUAUUUUAAAAAUAGCGGCAGUCCAAGUCACACAAUAUCGCAGUUUUUUUUUAACGUUGUGCCUACUCUAUGAUUUUGACUAGUUUCAUUUUCUUGCUUGCACUCGGACGCGGUACGAUUAAGCCGAUGUGAAAUAAUUAAACUGACUCAUAAGAUUCACAAUGUACAACAUUCGUGCCAAGCGUGAUUUGGGUUGUCUUAACGUUACGUGAGUCUUCCUCAACGCCUAUUUACUAUCGUACGUGUAAGCACGCAAUUAUAGGUAAGUAGUUAUUUUUACUGAAUGAAUAUAGAAAAUAUGUCUCUCUGUAAACGUAUCCAUGUAUUUAUGGACUAAAAAAAUAUCGUUUUUUUAUGAUGUUUACAUGCUUUUUCCUACCUACACCAAAACUCAUAAGUAUUUGCCCACUCUAUUUUAAUAAACGACUCAGGCUUCUAUAGGCAUGUAUAUUUAAUGGGACUUUACUAACAGUGUGCCAUUUAUAGGGGCCUAUAUUAGUUACAUUUUAAUUAAAAAUGCCUGAAAUGGACAAAUACCUAAGAGGUAGUGUACCUACUGUAUAAUUACGUUGCCUUGCCAUUAUUAUUAUGUUAUUAGUCACUUAAAAUGUUGUUUAGAAACCGUCAUGGAACAAGUUACGUUCAUAAUAAUUACAUUUACAGUACAUCUGGCGCUACAAUACGACACCAGGUGCUAUAAUAAGCACAUUACGUAACUAAGUCGAAAAUUUAAAGGGUCAUAUGUACUGUAAAACGUUGUACGAUACACGUGCGAAUUUCCGCACUUUUUUCGCACUUAUAUCGUAAAUAACUAUUUUGAUCGCCUUAUUGGCAAUUCGAAGCACGUUAAAUUUGUUGUAAAGAUAUAAUAUAAUAUUAAGUGAUAUGCGAGUACGUGCAUAACUGCUUCGUAGACGAUCGAUGUUGCCAUUAAUAUACUUACUUGUUUUUAGUUUUAAUUUGUGGGUAGAUAACAGUACUGUGUAUGUGUAUUAAGAUUUUUGUUUCUGUAUUAGCAUAAAAAAACUAGUGUCGCAAUCCCAGACAGGUCAUGUGAAGUGGACCUAAAUAAGUACUUGAUCAUUUGAGUAGGUUGGGCCGGUCCGUCUAUGUUAAUUGUUUAACUAGAUAUAUACUACAAGUAACUAUGCAUAUUAGAGAUAAAAAUGAACCGCCAUUACGGUUAAGUAUCUAGCAAGGGAUAGCCACAGCCUUUCAAAAGUCGCACGAAACGAAGGAGUGGGUAUACGCGUCUAUUCGCACGCCGCUCAGACGAGUGAAUGCGACAGCAUACGAUGCGACCGCACACCGGGGC